CCGGACGGUGGUAGUGUCCAGGCGCACGAGCUGUGGUAAACCGGUCGGGGGAAGAACGUGCCGAUGGCUGUUGGCGGUGGUCGUACCUCGUCGUCGUCGAGUUAAGAGCGGCGAAAGGAAGAAGAAGGAAGACACAGGGGGGUGGCAGGAGAGACGAAGAGAACCCUUCUUCUUCUCUUACCUUCCGACGCGUGCCAUCGCUGAUACAGCGUGCGCGCUUCCGUUCGGAGGGUUUCCUCCCUUCGUAUACGCGGGAUUCCGCCUUCACCCUCGCGUCGUCGCGGCUGCUACUACUACGCGACGGCACUCCGGUGCGUGUGUCACGUGAAAGGAGCAGCACGCGCCAGAGCAGGGUCGUCGUCCUACGGCAGCGGGCUCUCGCGCGCGCUCUCUCUCUCUCUCUCUCUCUUUCUCGGCCGCGUGCGUGCGUCGCGAAUCCGAAAACGGAGCGCGAGAACGGACGUCGUCGUUACAACACACCCAGGCUGCGAGGGACGGCGCUUCCUCGUGCGUCGAUACCCGGCGAAGAGGAGCGUGCACUGCGAGAGAGAGAGGGAGAGCGACGGUGGUGGUUAGUCGCGUACGGUACUCGACUUCGCAGCUCAUAGAGGAAGAAAGAGCGACGGGGAGGAGGAGGCGGAGAGAGAAAGAGAGAACGAAGCGAAGGGACAGUGGUCGGUUGGUUAGGUCGGUUGGUGCUGCGUUGGUGCCGGUGGUCGCGGUAAUGCCUCGCAGCAACGGUGCCGCAGGCAGGAGGGACCGAGACGCAGGUACUGGCGCUACGGGUGUAGUCGCCGCGGGACGCAGGAUACGUUGACGAGUGCAGCCGACCCCGGUAGCACGGCGGCCGUCGUCGCUGCUCCCGCAGGCCAUGUAUCGCGAGCCGGCGAUCGACCGUGCCGGCUGCAGUGCCGGCGACCCGCGUCGACGUCGCGCGUCGCCCUCCGCGAGCGACGGCGACGGUGAAGUGGUGCAGCGACAACAACAGCGGCCGGAGGAGGAGGAGGCCUAUGUCGUCUUCGACCUGCUACGCCGGCGGCCGUGUGCCACGAGGGUGUGCUGCGACGACGACUCCUGCUGUCGUGCCGCGCACAGACCCGGCAGGAGACGAGGCGGCUCGGGAAAUGCCCUCAGGAUACUCCUCGCCGUCACCGCCGCUGCCUUUCUCGCGCUCACCGUCUCACCAGUGUCUGGUACGACGAAUAAGGAAGAGGAAGAAACGGCGGUGACUCCGGUCACAGAGGAUAGCGCCGUGCUUCUGGGCCCAGGAAUCAGGACAGAAAGCGAUCCUGGAGGAAGUAUGGAUCUACUGGCAGCCCUGCAGCUACACAAUACUACUCGGCCGGGUGUCUCGCAGGUGCCGGGUCUGGUUAGGUUGAAACCAGCCUAUUAUCUGCAGGGCGAAAGAGAGCUACAGCUGAACCAGGCGAGCCUCGAACGGGCGGUUGCGCUACUCCGGCAGGUUCCGGAAUUCACCAUAGCCGCCAUGAUGCGUCAGGAGCAAGCCAAUUCCGGGACGAUCGUCGCCUUUACGAACGGGAGCAAUAGGUAUUUGGAGCUGCAGAGCAGCGGUCGCAAGGACGAGCUUCGACUUCAUUACUUAUCACGCCUAGACGGAAACUUACACGUCGAGACAUUCCCUUUCCGAAUGGCCGACGGCGGCUGGCACAGGGUCGCCUUGAGCAUAAGCGGCUCGCAGGUCGAGCUGCUGGUCGACUGUCACCCCUUGUACAGACGACUGCUGAAGUCCGGUUCACCCGACACCAACUUCACCCUGUCGCAGCUCCAGCUCUGGGUCGGGCAGAGGCACGUCAAGCACUUUCUCUUCAAGGGUGCUUUGCAGGACGUCAAGCUGAUAUCAGGACCUCACGGCUAUCUCUCCCAGUGUCCCCAGCUCGACUCGUCCUGUCCCACGUGCGGUCAAUUUUCGAUAUUACAGAACACCGUGGAGCAACUGAUGCACAAUCUCAACGAGUUGACUCGUAGGCUAGCCGCUGCAGAGGGCAGAAUAAGCAACGUGGAGGAGUGCGAGUGCCAAAAGUCGUGUAGGGUGAACGGCACCGUCCACGAGGACGGCGCGUCGUGGGAGGAGGACUGCCAGCAGUGCUCCUGCGUUCACGGCGAGAUCAUGUGCAAGCCGAUACCCUGCGCCCCGACUGACUGCAAGAACCCUGUCCUUCUCGAGGGGCAAUGUUGUCCAACUUGUCUCAGACAGUGUUUCUUGCACGACGUAAUAUACGAUCACGGCGAGAGGGUCUCGCCGAGACAGUGCAUCGAUUGCGACUGUCAGGACGGUAGCUUCUACUGCAAAAGAUACGACAACACAACCAGGUGCCCACCACUGCCGUGUCCACCCAACGAGCAAAUCAGCGUCGCGGAGGAGUGCUGCAAGUUUUGCCCAGAUGUGGACUACUGCGCGAAGGGCCACAAGUGUCACGCUAACGCGUCCUGCCUGAACCUCCAGACGACCUACGCCUGCCAUUGUGAUAUCGGUUUCCAGGGGAAUGGUGUUAACUGUCACGACGUUGACGAGUGUAAGCAACAAGGUGGAUUGGACGGUCACCAUUGCAACGCUAACACGAGGUGCGUCAACGUGAUUGGCUCUUAUACAUGCGAGUGUCUUCCGGGUUACCAUAGAAUCGACAAGUUCAACUGCGCCGAGGUGGACGAGUGCACGACCGGUGAUCACACGUGCGACGAGCACGCCACGUGCGUCAACACCGUCGGGAGUUACUAUUGCGUCUGCAAAGACGGUUACACCGGCGAUGGUUACACAUGCAAACCCGUGUGCAAUCAGACUUGCCAAAACGGUGGGGUGUGCGUGGCUCCCGGCCGGUGCUCCUGCCGGCGCGGUUACAUCGGCAACAGCUGCGAGCUCGACCUGGACGAGUGCGCGAGCGAGCUGCACCGCUGCCACGAGUCGUCCACGUGCUUCAACAUGCCCGGCUGGUACUAUUGCCGGUGCAAGCCCGGCUACAGGAGCGCCCUGCACGACAUCACCCAGGGCACGCAGUGUCUCGACAUCGACGAGUGCAACGACGAGACUGUCAAGAGGGGGCACACGUGUCACCAUACCGCCAAGUGCGUCAACACCGAGGGCGGCUACGAGUGCGUAUGCCCGCCGGAAAAGGAGUCGAACGAGUCCGAAAAGGAGUGCAGGCUCAGCUGCUGGUACGAAGGGCGCGAGGUCAACAAUGGCGACACUUUCACACCGGCCGAAAAUGCCUGUAUGAGAUGCACCUGUCAAGAUGGCGUGAUCACCUGCAAGGAUCCCAUAUGCGACUGCAGCGCGCCGGACAGCCAAAGCGACGCGUGUUGUCCCCAGUGCAAUCCCAAGGCGUCCUGCAAGCAUCAGGAGCUUCAUCACCUGGUCUUCAGAAGCGGAGAACGUUGGAUAUACCAGUGUCAGACUUGCGAGUGCCUGUACGGCGAUAUAGACUGCUGGCAGAUGGAGUGUCCACCGGUGACCUGCUCGAAUCCCGUGACCGAGGAGGGCGACUGUUGCCCGCGCUGCGAGGACGAUCCCUGCGGUCGAGAGGUACCGGCGAACGGUACCUCCCUCACGGUUCCUAGGCCGUGCAGCUACGGCGGCAUCAUCCACGACGGGGGCAGCUCCUGGCAGGACAAGUGCACCACGUGCGAGUGCAAGGUGCCGUACUGCGCCCAAUUGGACGGGCAGCUUUGCUGCAGCUACGAUUACGGCUGCGCUAGCGGUGUGGGCAACAACAAGCAGCAACGUUCUCCAGUCGCUACUCCUGAGCCUCACGUACGCCAUCCAUCGGACCCUGUGGGGUUGCCGCUGGGCCACAGUGCACCGGAAACAGAUUUAUCAGCGGUCACCGGCACAUCCGGCACCACACGCACCACCGACACCACCGCCACGAGCACCACCUCCACCGUCUCGUCGUUCCCGCACUCGUCAUCCUCCAGCAUCAGCAACGACAACCUCAGGAAACCUCGCGCGAGCCCGCACGUCUCGCUCGCCACGCUACGAGUCCAACAGGGAGACGACCGUCGCGGCAGGUCGCAUCAGCAGCAAGUACCGUCAGGCACGAGACACCAGCAGCAGCCCGUCGGGACGACGUCGUCCUCGGCGUCGUCGGCGGCGACGACGAGGACACCGUAUGCGGCGCUCGCCGGAGUCAGGUCGCGACGCAAAUCGAGGAGCGCCAUCGGUCGCCGCGGCGACGCUUUCUCCUCUUCCUCGUUAUCGUCGUCACCGACCUUCGCGGUGCUCCUGGCCACUUCGGCGAUCGAGGAGUCCUCCGGCCCGUUGUCCGCUAACGUCGCCGCGCAGAUACGCCAACUGGUCGAGCGUCGUCGCAGGGGCAGCAGGAAGUCCGUCGUCCUCGACAGCGCCACUUGAGGGCCGUGGAUCUAGAGGAAGAUAGAAAAGGAAGAACCCGACACACUUGGCAAGGUAUCCUAGAGCGCGUGGAGAAGGGAUAUCGUCCCGCAUUAGGGUGACCCGUGGGGUCUCCCAGUGUCGCCCGACGCGCGUCGUCCGUCUGUGUCGUCGGCCGGGAGAGUGAGAGGCGAGAUCGACAAUUCGCGAGGAGGAGGAAGAAAAUGGAGCGAGAAGAAGAAGGAGGAGGAAGAAGAUCGACUGGACAAUCGCGGAGGGUCGACGUCCGCCACGCUGCCACGAGGGAGACUCGUUCCUGCUUCCGUUUCCCGCGAAAUCCGGCAACCUCGAGGAGCGGUGGUCACCUCAUCAACGGAGCUAGAUCCAACAAUCGUCGCUGUGACCUUCGCCCUAGUCCUUAGGCUCUAGAUACUAUACCCUAAGAUCGAGAUCGCCGAUGCCGUCGAGCUCGCGCAAUCGAGUCGCGGGCGAGGUCACGUAUCCGCCGUUAACCGACACACCGUCGAGAUCUGUCUGGACUUUGAGCAGCCGCGGGCCGGAUUUCCGACGGAGAAGACGGUGAGCGCGUGCGCGUCCAGGACGUUCGCUUUUCCGCUUGAGUCGCUCGCUCGAGAGUUGCGGUCAUCUUCGCCUUGAUCGCCAUUGCGAGACGAGCGUCGAGACGCGGCGCCGAUCGCGAGACUAUCGCUGCGAGAGAGGAAGGAGGGAAGAGAGAAAGAAAGUGAGCGAUAUAUUGUCCGACAAUCUGAAUCGCAAAUAUUAUGUAUAAGUGGCUCUAUCAAGUCGGUGAAUUUGAACCUGGAAAAAUAAAUACGCGAAAGUUCGGAAGUUCAUUAUCAGAUGCACUUUGAACGUCGCACUUCCGUGUCUCAUUUUCUUAUCACAUAUAUAUCAUAUACAAUUCAUAUAUCGCUUCUCGAGAAAUCUCGAGAGAUUUGCACACCUUUUCGAAUGUCAUCACGCAUGCAGGUGAUGGCAGAACUUGGUUGUUACUUUAAAACAAUGCGUAUAUGUGGAAUUUCCGGAGGUCAGAUUUGAAAUAAUACAUCGGAGAGUCGGGAGCUAUUUUUUUAUGACUCUCACACGUAUAAUAUUGUUGCGUAAUAUUUACGGAACGUUUUGGCAAUGAUGAAAUGAAGACAUUAUUAUCUAAAGAAAAGAGAAAUUACACAGGUGCAACAAUGAUCGCGGACUUGGAAAAUAUCAUUAUCUCGCUUUGUGCUCUCGCUCUUGUCGCUCCGUGUAUUUUAUCGCAUCUUGUCAUUCCGUGUAUUUUAUCGCAUCGCGCUUGGUGCUCAGUGACAUGUCAGUAAAUAUUUGAACAGAAUCUCUCGACACGUACAAACAAUACGGACAUAUUGUGUACGUUACUUCUCCACACAUCGGACCGGAAUUGCGACUGAAAUAAUGAUGUAUGUUGUAAUCUUUAGUGAUAUAUUUCAUGUAUGCUCAUCACUAAGUUUACGCGAAUAUACCAAAACACGCAUAAUAAUUUCAAUCAUAAUUCCAGUAUGGUCCAGCAAAAUUGUAUGGUAAUUUUUGCUACAGUACUUUUCCCGCGUACACUUUCAUAUAACGAAAAUGUCCAAAUUCGCAAGCACAUAAAUGCAAAGUGAAUAAUAACGACUCUUCGGUAAAUUACUGUAUCACGACGAGGCGGUGGUAAGGAGCAUGAUGAAUUGUUCCGUGCGGCUGCGAGAUAUCUGAAAGUUCUGAGCCGAGGCGUCUCUCGACUCCACCUUCCUCAGCACCGGUCGUCGAGCGAAGGCGUCGCGCGUCCUCCGUGGAUCGAGCAUGAUCGAGCGAACCGAGGGCGCAGAUUCGCUUUCGCAGAACUCCUUUCGCGUAUUUUAUUGAACAAGUAGCGCACAAUGUUUGGGCCUUAUAAAGUAAAUUGUUGAUGUUCCGCUAAACACGUAACUUGUAUGUACUGUGUACGUAAGAGGCAGCGAAGCAGGGGCGAGACGUAUGUUUGUCGUAAGGAAUUGAUUCCCGACCAGGGGAGGAUACAGAGAGUGACGUCUCUAUAUAUAUAUAAUAUACAUAUAUAUAUAUAUAUAUAUAAAAGUAAAAGAAAAAAAACGUAUGUACUAUAUUCUACCGUGUACGAUAUAUGUAUGAUUCUCGCGAAUGCACCGGUGAUAACGGCGAUCUCUGAGCGAACACUCCCGACUGCCGAUCGGCUGCCAACGCCGACGGCGACGCGGGUGUCCGCUGGCACUAUCGAGCAACCGCCAUACGGAGGAUCAUAUCCCGCGACAAUAUUGGCGACGUGAGAAGCCCCGGAGCAUAUACAAUCAUCGUAGCGCGUGUCUGGCGAUAAAAUAGUUACGCUUGAAGAGAGUAACGUUUAAGGGUAGUAGGAUAGGCGCGACCUUACCUCCGGAGGGAUUCGCCUCCGGGGAUCUGAGGAUCCGUGGCUCGGCUCGGCUCGGUCCGGUCCCCUCGCGUUAUCCUCAGCCACCCCCCGCGAGGACUGCUAUGCUCGAUUCACGGCGCUCGAAACGAGGCGUCGGACCGCGCCACCGAGGGACACAGUGGCUUUGUAACUCACAGUGUGUAUGUGUGUGUGCGUGUGUGCGUGCGCGUGUGCGUCUCGUCGCCAGUACAACGCGUCGCGGUGAAUUUCCGUCGCGAAUUAGAAGCCGGGCGAGCUCGCUCGCCGUUCGCGACCACGGAUGAUAGAGCGUAUAAUCGUGCUCUCUAAAUUUCGUAGAAUCACGUCGCAUUCGCAAACGAGUGAGAGCUUCACUCGAAGCGACAUCGGAAGUAUCGCCUCUCCGAAUCGUAACGGUGAAUGUUUCGUUGAAACUCAGGAUGAAUUCUUGAUCCGCACGAGCGGAGGAGUUUCAGUCGAUCAGAAGCGGCGGGAGACGAUCGGAGGCGAAUCUUUUCCCUCAGCGUAAACUCGUGAAAAUUGAAUAUCAAUCCAAAUGUUUUUAUUAUGUCGUCUCUAGAUAUAAGUGUAAUAUUUUCGUAUUUCCUUUUUUCUUGUAAAAAGGGGAAAACUUUUUUUCCCCGGAUAUUCUCAAUAAAUUAAUAAAUGCUUUCAAGCUGGAGAAUUCUCACUUUUCACGAGUUCACGAUACAGAAAAUGACUCAUGAUCGACCUCCGGAUCUCUUCUUGUGUACUCAUUUGCGAAGCGAUUUGAACUUACUUCCCCUUCGACGCGUUUCGAGAUGCAUCUGACGUCCAAUGAAAGAACCUUAUCUGUUAAAAGAAAUAGGAAUCCAUAUAGGAUAUUCACAUGAAAUCCCGUGUCCCUAGGCCUUGGGUCGAAAACCCCAGUCCUAGGUGGAUUCCACACGGAUUCCUAUAUGGAUUUUGAAUAUCCUAUAUGGAUUCAUAUGAGUUCCCUUGGAUUCCCGCGGGAGCCCACCUGGAAAUUUUCGAAACGUGUUAGUACACGAGGGAGAAAAUUCUCCCUCACUGGACGUCAGUUUUCAUCGGACGUCAGCUGGGUUUCAAAGUUCGGUGGAAAAGUGUUCGGACCGUUCUGCAGACGAGCGCACGUCGCAAUCACUUUCCAGCUUCGAACGGAAAUAUUCACUCGACGAUUCAAGAGCGGUGGAUUCGCUCAAUAUCGAGCGAAAAGUCACUCGAGGUGACUCAAGCCGUCGCUCUGCUUUUCUGAGCGGGAUUUCACUGGGGACAACAAUUUUAGAGAGUACUCGGCGCGUCUCUGCUUCACGGGAUCGGUGGGAAUAGUCGAGAAAUUGCAAUUUGUAUUAUCAACGUCGCCGGGACGCAUCGUGUGACCUCUUGGUGUCGUACAAAAGUCGUCUCCCUUCGCCAAGCGCGCGAUUAACGGAAGUAGUCGGAAGGACGAGCGUCCGUACAUGUAUACUUUGUGCGAACACUGUACUUAAAAGGCCACUGGUACCGAGGAGGAUUCGCACGAGCCGUUCGCCCGUGCCAAAACCGUUGAACAGGGUGAAGGCUAAAGCGCGCGACGCCGACGGAUCUCGAGCUUCCGUCUGAGCGCCGAGUGAUUAAUCCUCUCUCGACGUUGAAUUUCAGCGGGCGCUGAAGAGCGUGCGAAUUCACGAUCAUAAGAAGGCACACCCACUCUUCCGUUCGACAAAUUCGUCACGCGCUUUUAUAACAACUGAGUCGGUUCUCGCGGAAUUACGCGGGGCGGACGAUCCCCCAAGCACAGGACGUGAAACGCGAACCCCCGAGUCAUCGUCGCGAGGUAGCGUGCGCGAAGUUCGCGAGAUGUACACGACGAAUAUGGUUCUCCUGGAGAACUUAAUUUGUUACCGGCAUUUAUUUAAUAUAACGUGUCAAUUGACAAAAUAUCUCACAAGUAUCGAUUCUCUUCUGAGUGUGUGUCACUUGCGUUCUUGUCUUUCUUUCCAGCGACUCGCCCACGGAUGCAUUACCGUAUGAUCGUCGUCGCUCAUGAAUCUCGGAACGAAUGUGAGACCCGGUAACGAGAAGUCCCGACGUGUACGAACGAACAUACGAACGUACGUCCGCGGUUCCACGUGGAGGCGCGCGCGCGCGCGAACGCGGGGCGAUCGCCGAUGGCACGUGUGGUCGUCGACGCCACUGCCCGAUGGACACUCGAAGCGUAUUUAUAAACCGAGCGUACCACCGAAGUCUAUUAACCAGAUCGGAAGUUAAGCGUUUAAUUUCGCCUAAGAACAAUAGCCUAAGCGGUGUUUAUUAUACCGAGAGAUAAUCGAGGACGCGACGAUAUUGAGUGUCCGCACAGAAACGCACACAGACAUACACAUAGACAUACACACACACACACACACACACACAUAAGCAUACAUAUACGAGACAUAUAUCCACAAGCAUACACGCACGAAAACACACAUAUAAAACGUACCCACAUACACAUUCACCUUGAGAAGGACAUCUUAGCGACGAAGGGCCUAGUAUCGUAAUCAUCAAACUCCGAGCGACGCAUGAGGAGACUUACGACUCUCUCGCCGUGCCGUGAUUUUAGGGCCUCCCGUUAUAGUUGUCAGUCGGACACCCGGACGAUGAACGUGCCGGCUAGCUCGAACGAUUCUUUAUCUCGCUCAACCCAACACGACCACUACGACUACAUUCCUCCUUAAUUAACCAUAAGUAGGCACUAAUG